UCGGUCUUGUUUGCAAACAGACACGGUCGUGUCUAUCAAGCUGUAUAGAUAGCGCAUGUUAUAGGAUAUAGUCACGAAAUAUCGUUAAAGGUUUCUCAUGAUCAGUGUGUAUUGGAAAUCUCGACCGAGUAAGUCGUGUGAGUUCGUCAAUUUAAAGCUGAGAAGACAUUUUGUACUGCGAGAUAUUGGUGAAUAAUAAUAGCAAUCGGAUUGGGCAAUUCUCGUAAUUCUUCGUUCGGGAGAUUUUCCAGGAUUUGCAUUUAAUUGGAUUACGUAUAAAAUCGAUUAGUUUGUAGAUCUAGAUUUAGUCAGUGACUUUCGACUGCUUCCAAGGCAAGAGACGAAUAAAUGAAUGAACUUCAGUGAACUUUUAAUUGCCGUCAACAUGCCUGUCAAAGGAGUUCGGGUGCUACCAGACAUACCGAAGAAUAUGCCAAACAUGGAGAUCUUGAUUCAGGAGUUCGAAACUGGUUUCUGCUCGAUGUCGACUAACUACCAGGAUACCGCAUCGAAAUCGUCAACUUCGAACGACGGCAAUUUCGUUAAGAAGCUCGUCAAAGCUUACGAGUCAAGCGUAAGGGCAUCUAACGAGAAUAGUCAGCGAGAAGGAACUAAAGAAAAAUUCGGUUUCUUUAAUACUCUUGAUGUUACUCAGAAUCAAAAGAACGUAGAAAAAAAUGACUCGAAUCUUGCGACAUACGAUACGCCCAGUUCGCAAUGUCAAAAUAACUUAAAUAAAAAAUCCAAGAUCUUUUUAACUUCGUUUGAGGAAUGCGAAGUCGAAGAUGAUUUUGUGAUUGUUAAUCGAUAUCAUUCGGAAAGCGAUAAAAAACCAGUUUCGAUGACGUGGCCGCGAUCCUCUUCUAAGAUUAACAUGUACAGCUCCAUUGGCGAUGAUAUAUUGAUGAAUGUACAAUCCAGUCCCUCGAAGAAGAAUGAAACGUGGGACCUGAAAAAGAGAGAUAUAAAAUUGGAAGAUAACUCGAUGAAGAAUAAAUUAAUGAUUUGCUCAAGUCCUUUGGAGGAUAUUGAAGACACAAACUUGGACUACGAGGAUCCUCUUGAUGACAUUUUGACAAGUUCUUGCGACUCGAGCAGCAAUAACAGCUAUAGAAAUUUACAAGCCGACCUAUAUGACUUCGAAAACAAACAAUGGCAGCUCGAACUCUCCUCGACCUCAUUGUCAUCGUUGUCAUCUUCCUCGAGAUCAUCAUACAACAAUCUGUUAAGUAUAAAUAGCGAUCUGCUGUUGGAUUCAUCUUUUCAAGACAUAACAUCUUCUAAAAAUAUUCCGAAGAACCAAGAGAAUCUUCAGAAUUUCAAACCGGUUCCAAGUUCAUCGUCUAACUUCGACCGGAAAUCGCCAACAAUUGGCGCUUUGCUGAAUGAAGAUCAACCAAUUAAGAUUAAUGACGAUACGUGCAUAACAUGGAUAUCAGCGUUGGGCGAGAAACUGUCACGAAAAAAACCAUUGAAAAAGUUACUAAAUUCGACAUUCUAUACCAAACUAUUGAACUAUAAGAAAGUCUGGAAAAAAUCGGCAGAGAAACAACAGAAUAAACGUACUUCCGAUUCUGGAUUUAUCGAUCAAUUUUUGUCCUCGUCGUCUUCUUCACAAAAAUCCUGGCGCUUCGAUCCUGAAAAACCGACUUUCAGUACCUUCGGUCACACUGAAAAUGAUUGCGUCAAUAAUAAGGUGUCCAAGAGUUCUCGCAUGGUCUUGACCGAAGUGCCCUGCACAACCACUGUCUACAAAGAGAACCGUCAGAACAUCGAAUCUUCAUUGAAAAGCAUGCCUGUAAAUUCUUCAACGUUGAAAGUCUCUUGCGGAUACCCGCCGCUUCUUAAGCACCCUUAUCUGACCCAAAAUGUGAUCCCCAAACAUCCCUUCGUCACGAAGACAAAGCUGGAUCAAACAAUAGAGAAGGAGUCAGAUGACGAAGAGAUGAGAUACGACGCGAAGGAAUGUAAAUCUGAAUUGGAAUCUUCAAGUAUGUCGUUUGUGUCUGAAGCUGAUCUUAACAUCUUAUUCUCCAGAAUGUCCGAAUGGUUAACUUCAUCUCCAAACAACAACUGCGAUCUGUUGAGGUCACGUUUAUAUAAAUCAACGUCAGCACUCGAUGAGUUUGCUCUUCAGCAGACACCGGAUCAUAAUGUUCCUAAGUUGUGCAACUUCAGCAUGAAUUUCUUAUCUACCACACAUAACAUGCAGAGAGAGUCUUGCAUGCGUUAUGCCACCAUUAGUCCAAAGAAUUUAAGAUUUUCCAUAUCACGGGAGAAAUCACAAGCGAUCGAAAGGUGUUUCGACAUCUAGAAGGGUGCUAGCGAUAUUCUUUCUUUCGGAAGAACUUUUAGGGUGGAAAUUUUCCAGAUUGAAAUUUAAUUAAACUUCGUCGCUGAAUAGUACGUCAC